UGGAGCAGGAAAGAAGCAUAACUGAACAUGGUUACAGGUUAAUGCAUCUAGAAAAACUUGCUACUACAUGUGAACUAAUCGAUUUUCAGGAUAAUACUAGAGAUCUUUUAAUGAUUUUACCUGCUAGUGCUACUACACGUGAACUCACAACAGCCUGACAUUUUAAAACAUAAAUUGAUGUCUACAAGAAAGUUGCCUGCUUCUGAUCAGACAAGGACAGAAGGCCGGCUGCGACAACAAGAUGGAUAUGGCCUUUCUCAAAAGCAUCUCUUUGCCUAUAUGUGUAGAAGCCGGUAGGCCGACGGAUGGUUAAACUAACCAUGUGAAAUGUGAAGCUACGAUGGUUACAAUAGACAGCAACGUACUGUACGUUGUACAUGUUGGCUUCACAUGGAAUGGAUGGAGUAGGAAAUGAUAUAUCCAAUCCAAAUCCAAGAUAUUGUCACUGCACCAUCAGGAACAGCAUACACUCCACUAUGGCUGCCACACCGGAGGAGUUGUUGGGCCUCGCCGAGCCUGCACCAUUGUCCCCCUCCCUCUUCCUCGACCUUCCUCCGAUGACCCAUGGUGACUCACAGAAUGACCUGGCCCUGGAAUACAUUUCGCGCGUGCUCACAGAGGAGGACAUCGUCGAUAAGUUCUUCUACCAGUACCCUGACCACCCGAAGCUCCUGCAGGCCGAGCAGUCCUUCGCCGAGAUCCUCGCCAACACCUCACCCACCGCUGACCAGGAGUCCUUUGCCUCCUCCACCUCCAUAUUGAUGCCCAGCCAAGGAAACAACACAGACGUCAUGGUUUCCGGGUGCCAGGUACAGGAUCCUGCCUUAUUGAACUGCACAGGCACAGUGGAGCCCAAUAGUAUGGUGUUUCCCAGCGAGAGCAGCACCAACAUGAACAUGCUAUCGAGUAUGAGUAUGGCAUUCUUCAAUGGCAUGGAGGACGCCAACAGGUUCUUGCCCGCAGAUGAUGUGAUGAUGGAUGGUAGGGGGCGUAAGAAGAGAUCUGACAUGGAUGGUGAGAUGGAGGCGGGCUUGGGCAGGAGCAGCAAGCAAAUAGUUGUGGUGCUGCAUAGUGCCUUGGAGGAGGAGGAGGAGGAAGAGGAGGAAGCCACCGCGCUGGAGAUGUUGGACCGGCUCAUCCUCAACGGCUACGAAGCGUCCCCGAGCGAGAUGCAGGAGGUAGUACGUGUCACCUGGGAGGACAAGGAGGACAAGGCAGCACGGCAGAGCAUCUCCAGGCGUGGGAGGUGCGCGGCGAGGCAUACGGUGGUGACUGACCUAGAAACUCUGCUGACCCGCUGUGCAGAAGCAGUGGCCAGCAGCGACGUGUGCGGCGCGAGCAAGCUGCUGGAGCGGAUCAAGUGUCACUCAUCGCCGAGAGGGGACGCUAGGCAGCGGCUGGCGCACUACUUUGCCCAGGGGCUGGAGGCACGGCUGGCUGGCACGGGGAGCCGACUGUACCGAUCGCUCAUGGGGAAGCGCACCUCAGCCGUGGAGCUCAUCAGGGCCUACUAUCUGCACACGGCCGCGAGCUGUUCGAUCAAGGUGGGGUUGCUCUUUUCCACCAACACCAUCUACAAGGCCGUUGCAGGGAGGAGGAAACUGCACAUUGUGCACUACGGCAUCAGCACCGGGUUUCAGUGGCCGGACUUGCUCCGGUUACUGGCGAAUAGGGAGGGUGGGCCACCAGAAGUGACGAUCACCGGCAUCAACACCCCUCAGCCCGGGCCCUGUCCGGCUGCACUAAUGGAGCAGGCAGGGGACCGGCUCAGCAAUUGCGCAAGCCAGUUAGGCGUGCCAUUCAAGUUCCGCGCCAUCGCAUCCAAGCUGGAGGAUGUCCAGGCUGAGGACCUGCACAUCGAUCCAGAUGAGGUCCUGGUCGUGAGCAGCCUAUAUGAGUUCAGGACCUUGAUGGACGAGAGCCUCACCUUUGACAUGGUAAGCCCAAGGGACAUGGUACUCAACACUAUCAGGAAGAUGAGGCCGUCUGUGUUCAUCAGUUCCGUGGUCAAUGGACCAUACAGCGCGGCGUUCUUUAUGACGCGGUUCCGCCACGCGCUCUACCACUUCACGGCGUUGUUCGAUGUGAUGGAGACCACCGUUCCACGGGACAGCGACAAGAGACUUCUGGUAGAGCGGGACAUACUUGCACGGUCCGCCAUAAACAUGAUCGCCUGUGAAGGCGCAGACCGGGUGGAGCGCCCUCAGAACUACAAGGAGUGGCAGGCGCGGAACCAGCGAGCGGGGCUAAGGCAGCUGCCAUUGGACCCUGAUAUCGUUCUGAUGCUCAAGGACGAAGUGAAGAACUGGCACCACAAGCAUUUCAUGAUCAGCGAGGAUCACCGGUGGCUUCUGCAAGGAUGGAAAGGCCGGGUGCAAUAUGCCCACUCCACAUGGGCAGCUGGUGAUGCUACUGGUUCUCUAGUGUGAUGGACUGAAGUACCGAUAGACGCAACUUUCAUCAGUGUUUGAUGGUCCGUUGUAGUACCAGAUGUGUGUUUGCUCCUCUUUUGUAUCUGUAACUUAGUAACAGAAACCAUUAUCAGAUUGUCUGAGUGGCCCCUGUUUGUUCAAAGCUGCUGUGAGCACGCAUAUAUCUAUUUAAUAAACAUGUAAA